ACCAAUCAGCUGCGACGCUGUAUGCUACCCAUAUUCACGUGCUCAGUUUGAUGAGACGAGGCGAUCGCCUCGUGGUGGCGAUCAACCAGUUUCAACUGUAAGCAUACUUGAAAUGACAAACUUUGCUGAGAACUCUGUUUAACGUCCUAUUCUUUUACCGACAAUGGUUCGAUGGAGGGGCAGUUAGAACAGAACUGCAACCAAUAUGGCGCUCAUAACUUGCCCUACGAGAUAGCAUUACAGAUCUUCGCUUAUUUGGAUGGUUCUGAUUUACUUGCCUGUCAAGAAGUGAGUGCAACAUGGAGGCAUAUUGCGUCAGACGGAUUUUUAUGGCAAACAAAACUUUGUGAACUAUGUGGCAAGCGUUGGUCUGUGAUUAGUUGUGAUCAGAAACCACAAAACCCACUGAAUCUGAGUGACCUUCAAGCUGUACAUCCCUGUGAAAUCUACCGAUUUUUGGUCAAGUUCAUACCGUCUAACACUUAUGGUGCAAAAGAAACUCCUAUUUCGAAGAAUAUCAGUCGGACAAAUCCCGAUGAAUCAACACGUCGUCCAAGGACUCGAGGUUCUCUAGGUGAGCAAAUUUUACACUGGUGGAAUCAGGUUAUACGUCGUUUGUCAUUGUCCAUAGGUAGACGCCCCAGCAGAUCUACUACCCAGCGGUAUCGCUUUGCUGUAUUUGGACCAGGAUUUGAUCAACGGGCCACAAGUAGAUUGUUCAGCAAGCUGGUUGAUGCUAGAACUAAGUCCUUUGAACCCAUUAAUAUGAUACCGGGUAGAAUGGGCUUUGGAGCCGGUCUGACUUUGAAGCUUUAUGCGCAAGCACAACAAGCGGUGUUCGAUCCUUCGCUUGAAGUUUCUGACUCUCAACAAUCACUUUUAUUGCGAAAUCGCUCAGAUCGUCGUACAGCUGAGUGCAUCCCACAAAGGCCAGGAGAGAAUGGGGCUAUUUGUACAACGAACGGUGAAGGAGUAGCUAUUAACAAUGUUUCGUCUCCACGGGCUAAUUCGAUGUUCUGUGACGAUUUUGUAUUCGAUCUCCAUUACUUAUAUUCACUACGGGGACAUUUGAGUCACAACUUCAAUACGCAGCUGGAAAGGCUGCUUCGGAGUAGACUGUUCAGACAUCCAAGUGGCGAUGAUCGAACAAGCGACGCAGAGGUCAUACAAAAUCUGGAGGUCACGGAGAGUAUGCACAACAUCUUGCACGGUUUAAACGGAAUUUUGUAUGCACUGGAUGCCAGAGAAACCGUGGAGCAGACCCGAUAUUUGUACCAUGAACUGCGUGCAGUGCUACGCGGUCUCCCAGGGAAUAUAGCUACCAGAGUACCUAUCGCUGUUUUGUACAUUAUGCCUAAGGAGGAUAUUGAUUUAAAACCGUUCACUCCUCAAGUUCAAGUAAGAGCAGAUGACGAAGGAAACACUGGCGCUUUGCAAAAUCGUGAUAGCUACAGCGGCUCACAAUAUACUGUCUCAUGGAGAGGUUCAAUUUUAUUGCCGAUUUCUUGUUUGGAUCUAUUUGAGUUACACAAUCCUUGGCGUCUUCAGAAAUGCGCAAGUAAUGACAUCAGAGCUGUCAUACAAAGCAUCAUGUGGCUUCGAGCCCGCGCGCCCGUGAUUCCCGCCGAAAACUUUUACGCACUAACCAGAUCAAAUUCAACACUGUAACACCUUUCGUCACCAUACUCAUGCCGAGCGUCUUUCAUUUUCCCAAGCAAUUCACCAAAACUUACAACUGAGAGCAGAAUCGCUCCAUGGACAAACUUUGCAGAAAUACGGACAGAUUCCAUUGUCCCUUUCCUUUCAAUUUUUUAUAGUUACCAUUUAAAGUGAUUUCAAAUCCCUGUGAUACGGAUUGUUGUUUAAUAUGCUCCUUUGGACAGAGUAACGCCAGAAUUAUUCCGGGUAAGAGAAGUAAAUUGGUCAACUAUUUAGUUGAAUUGAUGUGAAUAUCUAUUGGCCACUGAUUGAGGACAGAUCAUAUGUAUCUUAUUUCGCUGAUUUUCUAAACUAGGCAAAUCAACCUAAACAACAGGUCAGACAUGGUCUUUCUCAUUCAGUC